GAUCUGAGCUCUCAAAUGGUUUUUGGAACGGUCGCGGGGUCGCUGCCUCCCCCACCAAGUGCGCAGAUACGCCAGCUAAUCGCACACCUCAUCCGCUAUAAGAAGCCCGCCAGCCGGCACACAAUUCGUACAUCCUCUGCGAGCAACAUGAGGACUGCGACCGUUGUCGUCCUGUCACUGUUGGCAGCCCUUGCGGCCGCCGCGGUUGUACCGCACAGCGAGGCCGGUAAGGAACUUCUGGAGAAACAGAACAAGAUUUUGGCGCUCUUCUACCACGUACAGCAGCCAUCACUCAUCAAAGAAGAACAGGAAAUUGCAAAGACCUACAAACCUAUUGAACACGUCGACAGCUACCAGUUCAAGGAGAAGGUCGAAGUUUUCUGGAAGUACUACGUCGACGUUGGCUUCCUGCCCAAAGGGGAAGUGUUCUCCAUCUACUACCAGAAGCACUACUACCAGGCCCGGGCAUUGUUUGAGCUGUUCUACUACGCCAAGGACUUUGAGACGUUCAUCAAGACGGCCAUUUGGGCGCGGGAACACCUGAACGAGGCACUGUUCGUCUACUCACUGACUGUCGCUGUGCUGCAUCGCGAGGAUACCAAGGACGUCACCCUGCCAGCUCCGUACGAGAUCUACCCGCAACUCUUCGUCAAUGCAGAGGUCAUCCAGAAGGCAUAUGACGCCCAGCUACAAGGUCAAGUCAGCUCUAAGGAGGCUCCUUACAUAUUCUACUCCAACCACAGCGGCUACCCCGUGCCGAGCAACCCCGAGCAGCUGGUUUCCUACUUUACCGAAGACGUCGGCCUCAACUCCUUCUACGCAUACCUGAGCUACAAGUACCCCUUCUGGCUGAACCCUGCCAACUACAGCCUUCCCGAGUACAAGUACCGCGGCGAGAGCUUCUUCUUCGUCCUGCAGCAGCUCCUGGCUCGCUACUACCUGGAGAGGCUGUCCAACCACUUGCCUGACGUCAAGGCCAUCGACUACAACCACCCUGUGCUGGUCGGCUACUACCCUGAGCUGAGGCUGCAGAACGGACUCGAAGCCCCAGCGCGCCCAGAGGGAGUCUUCCCCCGCAACGUCGACAUUCUGUACGUGGAAGAGAUCAAGAACUACGAGAGGAGGAUCCGCGACGGAAUCGACUACGGCUACCUGUCAGGCUACAACUACGAGAAGUACAACCUGAGAGAGAAGGACCUCACCAACAUCCUUGGAAACAUCGUCGAGGGCAACUACGAGAACAUCAACUGGGAGUACUACGGCGCAUACUUCAGGAACCUCAUCUCCCUCUUCGGCCACAUUGUCGACCCUGUUCACCGAUACGGAGUUCCUGCUAGCGUCCUUGAACUACCAGAAACCCAGCUGAGGGACCCACUCUUCUACAGGAUCGCGAAGCGCGUUCUUUCCAUCUUCUACCACUACAAGAACCUUCUGAAGCCUUACACUCACGAGGAGCUGCUCCUGCCAGGCGUAACCGUUGAAGAUAUCACCUUCGACAAACUCGUCACAUACUUCGACAGCUUCGACUUUGACAUCAGCAACGCUCUGACCUUCUCCAAGCCUGAAGACGGUGAAAAGUUCAAAUUUGUGGCUCGCCAGGGUCGCCUGAACCACAAGCCGUUCUUCUACCACAUCAAGGUUAAGAGCGACAAGGAAGUCGACUCCGUCGUCCGUGUCUUCAUUGGUCCCAAGUACGACGUCCUCGGCCGCGAACUCAGCCUGGAGGAGAGGAAGCAGUACUACGUUCUCCUGGACAUCUUCAACCAGAAGCUGUCCGUUGGUGAGAACGACAUCAAGCGCAGCUCCCGAGACUUCUCGCUGUACGGCAAGGAGGCGCCGAGCUACUCUGACCUGCACCAGUCGACCCUCGCCGCCAUCAAGGGCGAGAGCAAGUUCUUCCUGGACGAGUUCCGCUCGCACUUCGGCUUCCCCCAGCGACUGGCGCUGCCCCGCGGGACCCGCAGUGGGCUGCCACUCAGCGUCUUCGCCAUCGUCACCCCUGCCGUCUCACAGGAGAAGCACCCCAUCCUGGAGCACGGCGACAACCACCCUGCCGGAUUCCCGUUCGACAGGCGCGUCGUCGAGUUCGAGUUCGACGUGCCCAACGCGCACUUCGACGAGACGUUCGUCGUGCACCGCCGCGAGGAGGACAUCAACACCACCGCCUGAACUGGCAGAGUUCCUCGAGCAUCUCCAUCAGACUGACCUACUUGCUCAUCGACUAUCACUCGCUCUUUUACAUGCCUUUUUUACUUUUUCGCAAAAAAUAAAAAUUUUAACCUAAAA